AGAGAAAGAGAGAGAGAGAGAAAGCUGUUGGCAGCACGUCAUCGUGUGAUGCUCAAACACAUUCACACCUCAUCUUUUGGUCCUCCAGCAUAUUCUACCUUCUUGUCGCUCCAGCAGCCCUCGUUGUCUGCCUGAACUCUCACCCUGGUGGUCGGGAAAUGUCAAAGAGAGGCCCGUGCCGCAGCAAGGGGGCGUUACGGGGGAAAACAACUGUCUUUAUUGUUAUAUUUCCACGCAAUUCACGUUUUCCUAGUCUUGUCACAACCAUAAGCGUCAGAAACGACCACCGCGCCGACCGCCAAAUCUUCUGGUGUAGCAUCCGCCGCUGCUCGCAUCCUUGAUCUGUCUCGUCUCGUAUCGCAAUCGUUGCCAAACAUGAGAAAUGAAACAUUUGUGCACUGGGACUGGAUGUUCUUACCAGCACAACCCACUUCCGCCAUGACACCCAGCAGAGGAUUCUGGGAUUGACGCAAGCAUCACUCCCACUGAUGGCCAGGUUUCAGCUGGCCUGCUGAAGCUAUGGGGAGCUGCUGGAGCUGUCUAUACAGAGACGCUAUCCAAGACAACCAUCUCAACAAAUUCAAGGUGACUAAUGUGGACGAUGAGGGAAAUGAGUUGGGCUCAGGAACAAUGGAGCUCACGCAGACGGAGCUCAUUCUGCACACACGUAAACGUGACGCCAUCCGGUGGCCGUACCUUUGCCUGCGGCGCUAUGGCUAUGAUUCCAACCUCUUCUCUUUCGAGAGUGGCCGCCGUUGUCAGACAGGACAAGGGAUCUUUGCAUUCAAGUGCUCUCGUGCGGAGGAAAUCUUUAACCUCCUACAGGAGUUGAUGCAGUGUAACAGCAUCAAUGUGGUGGAGGAGCCCAUGAUCAUGACCCGGCCUGGGCAUGCACCAGAGAUGGAGAUGCCUCGAACCCCACAGACACCCAACACCCCUGGAUUCCCCAUGCAGGGUUUUCCUAAUGGAUACCCAGGAUACCCAAUCAGUGCAGACUCAUCUCAGCCCUCUCUCACCAACGACCACAGACACAGUCUCAUGGGAUUGGAUGACCAAACACAUACGUACGUGAAUACAGUGGGCAUGGAAACUGACCUCUCUAGCCGUCACUGCGUCCAUUCCUUGCCAGAAGUGCGGCCCACCACCUACCCAGAAACCUCAACCACCACCACUAUUCGUGGAGGGGGCCAAGUCCCGGGUCAGCCCGGCAUGCAUUGCUGCCCCCUGGACGACCCCCACAAAGACCCUCAGGUCUUCCUCCAGCCCGGAGCACAGGAGGUUAAGUUCAUGUUGGGUCCCACGCCAGCACAGCGUCACUUAAUGGAGAGAGACAGGGGCCGCCUUGUCUCUCACCCUCUUCGAGCGCCAGACGGUAGCUCAGAAACAGAAGGAGAGGAGACUCCGUCCGUACACAUGUGCAACACGCACUCCUAUCACCAUUGCCACCAUCUAAUGCACCGACACCCGAGUAUGGAGCCGUGCCCGGAAAGCCAGCUAACAUACGAGAACAUCAACGGACUUCGAGGGGUGCGCAGACAGAGGCUGAGCCCGAGCACCGUAUCGCAGUCACAGUCUCUGGGCUCCAGUAGCAGCAGCAGCACCACGGGCGAUUCCCGCACACACACGCAUCCGCACUCCCUCCCGCUCACGCACACACAUCCUUCCUCACUGCCCCCGCAAGGAUACGGCUUUGACCGGGGAAUGGGUGUGGGUGGUCACCGGCGCACUGCGUUGCUCAAUUACGAGAACCUGCCGUCACUCCCCCCGGUCUGGGAAUACCGUGCACUUCAGCGCGAAGAAGAGGAGGAUCAGGAUGAAGAUGAGGAUGAGGACGAGUAUGAGGAGGAAGAGGAGGAGGAGUACGACGAGUAUGAGUAUUCCGAAGGGCCCACGACACCAAACGGAUAUCAUCAGGAGAGCGGAGGCGGGAUUCAUCGUGAUGCUCUGCAGAACUACGUCAACACCGAACAGCUACAGCCUCCUACGCGUCUCCGUCACGCUUGCCAGCCCCACCCUCACCCACCUGAGAGGUCCAACCGUGUUUUCAACUUUGACUUCAGACGUCAGCGAGCGGGACGUGGCAGUGGCACCUGCGAGCAGUACGGUCGUCACCCGCCUCCUCCCCCCUCCCGCCAGCUCAACUACAUCCAGGUGGACCUGGAGGGUGAACCCUCCGGCUGCUCGGGUCACGGGGGAGGGGCCCCGGUACCGCAGAGACCGCCUCCCCUCAAACGCGGCAUGUCUGCUGCGGCAGCCGCGGCACCGCCCACCCGUCGUGGAGAGUGUUACGCCGUGAUCGACCUGAAGAAGACAGCAGCCAUGUCUAACCUGCAGAAGGCCCUGCCUCGGGAUGACGGAACGUCACGGAAAACCCGCCACAACAGCACCGACUUGCCUCUGUGAGAGGGAAAGGGACGGACAGAGAAAGAGAGUUACGAGGUAUGACAGGGAAAAUGAAGGAAAUAGAGUUCUGGUGGUACUUUCCUCUCAUUGUCUACACUUUACUCUCACACUCAUACCAACUGCUGCUUGAUGAUAGUAACUGAAAUUGAGCCAAGCAUUAAGAGUUUAAUUUUAUUUCGUUUUUCUCACGUUGUCUGUGGGAGGUUAUGGAGAUGACACUUAUCACCGUGGUUUUAGGUUGCCGUCUGGGGCCAAAGAAUUUGGUGCAGUAAUAACCACCCUUCAUUCAGGAAAUAAGUUUAUGCGUAGUGUUUCUAUUUUUUAAAGUCAAAGUGUCUUAAUUCUUUAUUUUUAAGUAUAAUUUUAUAAAUUAUAGGGUUAGUUGACCCAAAAACGACAAUUCUGUCCACUCAUCAUCGUGUUGUUUAAUCAUUUUGUCUUUUAGUAUGGGACACAGAAGUAAUAGUUUUAAACUAAGUCGCUCUUCUGCACACACACAAAACAGAAAAAAUAUAACCGCUAUCAAGCUCCACAAAGAACAAUAAUUAAUAUAAAGAGAUAAUAUAAAGCUCAUAUUUUUGUCUUUUUUAAAGCUUGACAGCGACCUAUACAGGAAAACAACAUAUUUUGAGUAACAUAAGGUUAAUAAAUGACAACAUUUUCCUAUUUACUUCACGGUAUAUGCUGUCACAGUAUUAUUUUCACUCUUAAAAAUGAUGGGUUAUUUUCAACCCAGCUUUGAGUCAAUAAGGGACAAACACAACAUGUUGAGUUGUAAUUUAACGUAUUUGUUUUAACCCAAAAAUAUUUAACCCAAAGGCUCGGUUUGUCUCUAUUUGACCCAACGCUGGGUUGAACAUAACCCGGCAUUUUUUAGAGUGUUAUGUUUGAGCAGAAUAGACUGCAAAUAAAUGACUUUCUUACUUAGUAUUUUGUCUUGUUUUCAGUUAAAAUAUCAAAAUAUUCUUAAAUCAAGAUGCAUUUUCUUGAUCAGCAAAAUGACCUAAAAAAAUAAGUAUAGUUUUAAGACAACAUAUAUAUAAUUUAAGUGAAUGUGUGCUUAAAAGAAACAAAAUAUAAUUUGCCAAUGAGGUUUGUAAACAUUUUUCUUGAAUUAACUAUUUAAGCAAAAAAAGGACACUUAUAAUCAAGAUUUUUUUCUUAUUCCAUUGGCAGAUUUUUUGGCUUGUUUUAAGUACAAAUUCACUGACAUUAUAUAUUUUUUGUAUAAAAACUAGACUUAUUUUCUUAAGCCAGAGAUGGCUAACGAUUAAUCGCGAUUAUUCUAUAGCAGAAUAAAAGUUUUUGUUUACAUCAUAUGUGUGUGAACUGUGUGUAAUAAUUGUGUAUAGAGAAAUUGAUAUAUAUUUAAGAAAUGUUUACAUGUGUAUAUACAUUUUAUGUAGAAUUUAUAUAAUAUAUAAAUACUUAAUAUAUAAAUAUAUAUUUUUUCUUAAAAUUAUACAUGCAUGCGUGCAUAUUAUAUAUACAUAAUUAUUAUAAACAGUUCACACACAUAAUAUGAUGACAACAAAAACUUUUGUUCUGCUUUAGAUUAAUCACGAUUAAUCGUUAGCCAUCCCUAAGAAAAUGCAUCUUGAUUUAAAUUUUUUUGGUUAUUUCUACCGAAAACAAGUCAUUUUUUUGCAGUGUAGCUUUAAAACCACCAAAUUAUUAAAAUAUUACAACACAUGAAAAAAAGUUACUUAUGGAACUAUAAUUUAUUAAACUUUUCAUUAUGAUUAAAAUAUCCAGCAUACUUUCAUGUUGUCAUAUUUAGUUCCCAGCCUAUGUGUAACUAUAUGGAGGCUGCUGCACUGCAAAAAAUGACUUUCUUACUUAGAUUUUUACUGAAAACAAGACAAAAAUACUCUCAAAAUUCUUAAAUUAAGAUGUAUUUUCUUGAUGAGCAAAAUGACCUUGGAAAAUAAGUCUAAUCUUAAGACAAAAAAGAUCAAAUUUAAGUGAAGAAAAAUUUCUUGAAUUAAGUGUUUAUGAAAAAAGUUAACUUAUUUCAAGAAAAUUUUUCUUAUUACAUUGGCAGAUUUUUUCGCUUGUUUUAAGCACUAAUUAUUUACUUAAAGGAACAGUAUGUAAGAAAUUUAUAUCAAUGAAUCAUAAAAUGGCCCUGAUGUGUCACUAGACAUUAAAAAAUAAUUUUAAUUUCAAAUACUUAUAUCACUGACAACAGUGGUCUGGCCAGGAUAUUGUCAUUUAAAAAGCGAAGUUGCAGCCCUCAACUGAUGUUUAUGUUGUCAUGUUGUGUAUUGGCCUCCAGUUGUGUGAUUGCAGGACCAGUUUUAGCCACAAGUUUUGUUAUUGCAAUACCAGUUUUGACCACAAUCCUACAUACUGUUCCUUUAAAGUUUAUAUUUUUUGUCUAAAAAAAAUAAAAAGAUAUUUUUACUGAAAACAAGACACACUAAGUAUGAAAGUCAUUUUUUUUGCAGUGAGGCUUUUGUUUACUAUUUGAAUGCCACAAGAAAUGUGUAGAUUGAAAUUGAUCAAAUUAAUUCAGUUUGCACUCAAAUUGUAACUGAGCUCCUUACACAAUUCACCACUGAGCCAUGUUUAAAUAAAGUUUACAUGAUUUAAAGUCAUUAUUCUUAAAGAGAUUAGGAAAGAUCUAUAAAGAGACCAUCUAAGCCAAACAAAACGUAGGGAAAGAGAUAUUAAGUCUAGAUUAAACUUUGGCUCUUCGCAGCAUUGCUAAUCCUGUUUUUUUUUCAUUAUGUCUUCAUAAUGUUUUUUAGCAGUUAGAACAAGAUUAAGUAUUAUUGUUUUUCACUUUUUCCAAAAUUUGGUUCUUUUUGAUUGAAAGAGAAUUUUUCUAUACAAAUUCUAUACAAAGUUGGCACUUGUGCUGAAAAGUAAGUGAACAGAUAUUUUCUAUUACAAAAAUAAAUAAAAAACUCAGUUUAGGAUAUCUAGAGAAACUUCACGUAGAUAAAGUUUAUAAAAGGACAGAACUGCCAUUGUCACAUCCUAUCUCAUUGUCACAAGUGAAAAUUCUUUCUAAGAGUGUAUUUAUGUACUUCUGUGUUUUGUAAAGCUAAGUGAAGUACCAUCAGAUGUAAGAAUGUUAAUUAUUUUUUUAUAUCUUAAAAAAAUAUCAUGCGGGCAAAACAUAUUUAUUUAAUUUAAAAUAUUUAUUUAUCUCACUGUCUGUUGAUAUAUGUAUUCAUGUAUUUAUUGUUUGCUGUUUGAAUUAUUAUAACUAAGUGUAAGUAACGUGUUAUUAGAUUUAUUUAUUUUUAGAGAUACCAAAGGUGGUAUGAAAAAAAAUCUACCUUGGUAUACUUUUUUAAACUGCAAUUUCAUGUUGAAUAAUAACUUUAUUUGAACAUAUUGUGCCAAAAAUAUUAUUAUAUCACUGAACUAUGUGCCAUUGGUAAAUGUUGAAUUUUAGGGCUAACAGUCAGCAACACAUAAAACACAAAUGCAGCUGUUCUUAACAAUUACAUCAUGAUCAUUUCAGGGCUUUAUUAAUAUUUUGUCUACAAGUACAUACAAAUCAACGUAUUCCCAGUCAAUUCCAUUCAGUAUCAUUCCAAAUGACUUAAAAAUUAUAUUUAGCAGGCUUAAACGUUAGCAGUGUUUUCACUGAAAUUUCAAAAAUCAGCUAUUUUUGUAAUACAGUAGAUGAACAAGUUGGUGUUUUUAUUCUUUGCUAUCAUAUGGUUGUUAACACAACCCCGAAAAUGUGUUAGCAACAAUACUGAUGUAGCUACAGUAUAGAUUUCUGAAAAUAUUGCUAGGGGUCUGAACGUAAAUAUAGACCCAGUAUUUCAAACUCUCACUGGCAGCCAUAUUGUUCUGAGUGCAGGGCCUUAUGUAUUGCACAUAAACUUAAUAUAAGUAAUUUAAGCUUAUUCAUAUGAAAUAUCUAAUGUUAGAUGAUUCGUUCUUGCUAUUUGAAAUGUCUCCAUAUCAAAGUUUUUUAGCGAAGUCGUGCCACAAGUCCUGUCGUACUUGGUAUCUCUAAAAUCGUGUGCUAAAAUCACAAUUAAACAACACUUAAACCUGACAUCAACGGUACCAUAAUGCCACUUAAAUUACAAAAAACCCACACAAUUUUUUAAAGGUGGUUUCAGCUAUGCACACUAUAGAGCCCCUUCCCCAGAGAAUCGCCAGUCUUUAUCAAUUGAUGAUUGGUUCUUUUAACUUGAAGGCGGGACUUCCUUCUCCACAGCCGCCAUGUUGAGCAUUGCAUUGUCCCCCUAUAGAUUUAAAUGUUAUAAGAGAAGCCAUAAUUGAAAGAUAAUAUUUUAAGGAUUAUAGGUCCAGUUAGCUUAGACUAAUAAUAUGCGAUUCAUUUAUUUUUAUCACCAAAAUGUUCAAAUAUAAAAAACUAAAAUGAUCUUAUUUACGACAGUAUCAUUUUGAGAGCCUUGCAAUUCAAUACAAUAUUGCUGCCAAAAAUGAAAUCCAAAUCAAAUCAACAUAUUACACUCACAAUCACACACACUUAUUGUACUUUAAGAAUGCGAUGAUGAACUAUUUGGACACUUUUAGACACUUUUCAGAGGAUCAAUCUAGUUUUUAACAUCUAUAUUUUGGUAUUGUGGUAUGAUAAACAUUUUGCAAUAACAGCUAAUGGAGUCAUAUUAAUAUUUGUUUGCGUCGUUCGAUAACGUGUGAUUCUGUACGAGUCACGGUUGUGUGUGCGUUCGGAAAGGACUGGAUCACCAGUAGGUUUACUGUCUUUCUCAGGCCAAUCUUAAUGUGUAUUUAAAUAAGGCUUAAGAGAAAAAAAACCUAGUUGAGAGAACUCGAUUGUGCCAUAAGUGAUUUUCGUCCACUAUUUGAAAAUAACGUGUAGCUAUAGUUGAAUUUUACAGGUAUAGUAGCACAUACUAACUAGAAUCAUGUGUUGCAUUUGAUUGUGUGAGGUCGCUUUGGAGUGUAAAUGCUUUUUGUUUGUUUGUUUGUUUGGCUGUGUUUUAUAUCUUGCGUACACAUUAUCAUCAGGGUAAAUCUGAAAAGCCCUUUGAUGCAUUUCGGUUACAUCUUAAACACAGGUUAACUGCACUGAAAUUGUAAUGGGGUGAGCAAUCGUCUUUGAAAGUACUGUAAAUCCCUGUGUAAAAUCAUACUUCUUCUAGAGUUUAGUAAUGCACUUAUCACCUUAUCUUUUCGUUUUGAUCUCGUCCAUUGAGUCAGCUUAUCAUCCUAGCCUGGGAUGGUAGUCCACCUGAAAAGGGUUUUGCAGUAACCUGAAUAUUGAACGACCUGUCCUAUUGGCGGUAUAAUAACAUUGUCGUAAUGAAGCUUAGAUGAAGCUUAAUGACUGCGAUGUAUUGUAAAUUAAUGUGAAUGUGUCUCAAAUGUGUCAAGAGUUCAAGAGAGAGCGGCCCAUGCACGGACUCUGUACCGGAGACUGCGUUUCUGAAGCUCCUCGCGCUCUCUUACUCUCAAACUGUUUCAUUUCUCUCUGUAUGAAUGUACCACACAGAGAUGGACUUGUAAAAUGCUCAGAUGAGGUGAUUUACACUCAAUGUUUCUAUCCCCUCCCCGAUGAAAAAAUGUGUUAACGUUCCUGUUUUGUCUCGGAAAUUCCGAUUUCAAUCCGAUUUUUUGAUUCUGUUUCUUUCUAUACGGUAUUUACAUUUUCUUGUAAGUAUGUAAUUCUGUGUAUGUACAUAACAUAUAUGGGUAUGCGGUCAGCUUCUCCUGUGUUCGUUUGUGUUGGCGCAACAGACACUACUUUUGCCACAGCCAUUUGUAGAAAGAGCAACGCCUUGACGGUCAUUCCAUUAGAUGGACAUUGCAGUCUCUAUAAACAGAUCAGACAUCUCCUAUAGUCUCUGUUGAGGUUGCAGUCGCAACCCUUCCCCAUUCUUACAACGGAAGCAGGCAUGCCCCAUGUUGAAUGUUAUUUUCAGUCAUAUAAACUUUUGAAGAGAAAGGCUUGUAUAAUAAAAAUGAAUGUGAUUAAAUGUAAUGUCAACAUUAAAAAUGCAAAUGUAAAAAUGUGUUUGCUCUGAUACAUGUCUGAAUAGAUAGAUAGAUAG